GUCUGAGCCCUCUGUCUGUUGUGUAGUUUAGGGUGGAUCAUCAUGGGGAGCACCAAAUUGUGGAGCAGGAGACAGAGCCUCUUCCCUAACUACAAAGUAGCAGAAGUGAAUCGAAGACCCUCAGAGAUUGCUUAUCCACUUGACAAGGAAACCUGCGUGAAGUCAUGGAACUCUAUGAAGGAGCUGACCAGGGACAUCUACGACAUUUAUGCCGAGUAUGAGGAUGAAGAGGAGGAGAAUUCUCUGAAGCACUGUUUCCCAUCCAAGAAGAACUACAUGAUCAACAUCAAUGUAGGGGGGAAGACCUACCAGAUAGCUUACAAGACGGCAGCUAAGUAUCCCCAGACCAGAAUAGGGCGCCUGGCCACUUACACGGACCACAACCUGAAGCUGGACCUGUGCGACGACUACACUGUGAUCAACAAUGAGUACUUCUUCGACAGGGACCCCGAAGUCUUUCACAACAUCUUCAACUUCUACAGGACUGGCGUGCUGUGGAUCAAGGACGAGUUGUGUCCCCGCAACUUCCUGGAGGAGAUCCACUACUGGGGUGUGAGGAUGAAGAACACAAACCGCUGCUGCCGCAUCUCCUUCGAGGAGCGGCAGGACGAGCUGAAUGAGCAGCUGAAGAUCCAGAGGGAGCUGGAGGCGGAGGUGGAGAUUGAGGAGAACGAGGAGCUCUUUCAUGACAUGUUCCUGGGUCAGCAGCGCAGAGCUAUCUGGAACCUGAUGGAGAAGCCGUUUUCUUCCGUCAAGGCCAAGCUGAUGGCUGUGGCCUCCAGCCUGUUUGUCUUGGUCUCCCUGGUGGCGAUGACUCUCAACACUGUGGAGGAGAUGCAAUUCUUGACUCCCAAAGGUCAGCUCAGUGGUAAGACGUACUGGGAACACGUUGAGUCCAUGUGCAUCGCCUUCUUCACUAUGGAGUACUUGCUGCGUCUUGUGUCCACUCCUGAACUGUCAUCCUUCUGCAGGAGUGUGCUCAACACCGUGGACCUCAUUGCCAUCCUGCCUCAGCAUCUGCAGAGCCUCCUGGAGUUCUUCGACAACGAUGAAAACUACAUGAAGCACGAGGCCGACAUGCAGGCAGUGGGGCAGGUGGGAAAGCUGGGGCAAGUGUUGCGGAUCAUGAGACUGAUGCGAAUCUUUCGUAUCCUGAAACUGGCACGCCACUCCACAGGUCUGCGGGCAUUUGGCUUUACUCUGCGUCAGUGCUACCAGCAGGUGGGCUGCCUCUUCCUCUUCAUCGCCAUGGGCAUCUUCAGCUUCUCUGCCAUGGUUUACACCGUGGAGCACGACAUGCCGCAGACUAACUUCACCAGCAUUCCUCACGCAUGGUGGUGGGCUGCUGUCAGCAUCUCCACUGUGGGCUACGGAGACGUUUACCCGGAGACCAUACUGGGUCGCUUCUUUGCUUUCAUCUGCAUCUCUUUUGGUAUCAUCCUCAACGGUCUGCCCAUAUCCAUCCUCUUCAACAAGUUCUCAGACUAUUACUCUAAACUUAAGUCCAAUCGGUACACAGCCUCCAUGAAGAACAGAGGGAAGGUGAGGCUAUCCCACAGGACAGUGAAAAAGUUCAACCGCUGCUUUGAAACCUGCCACUAUGACACGUGCUGACUUCUUACGUGACCUUUUAUAAGAGAAAAUGGUUUACUGUGAAACUGUGCAAAAGAGGUGCAGGUGCUUGGGAGGAAUAGAUGAAACAGGGACAGAAGACAAGGGUGGAAAAACAUCCGGAAGUGUCUCACAUUUAAUUGGAACAUCUAGAUUUCCUCAAAACACCAAAAAUCAAAACGCCGAAAUUUUCAAUGCAGGAUGGGAAGGAAAAGUGAGAAAAAAUAAGCAAUAUGACUUACUGAUGUCAUAAAAUAUUCAGGUAAAUGUUGUUAAUGCUUCCAUUUCUAUAAUGCAUUACAUUUUUCUAAAUGAUUUAAAGGUAUGAACACUGGUUAAUUAAUAUUGAUAUCUCUUUAUAACAAUAAUCAUCGAUAAUAGUAUCAUACUAAUUCAUAACUGUCAAUCAAUGAAACUUGAUCAUAGUGUAUUAUAAUUGUAUUGUAAAAUAAUUGUAUUGUAAAUAAGGAAAGCUUAUAUUGUCUCUAAAUGGGAUAUAUAGGAUAGAUAAAUAGGAAGAUGCUUUUUGUAACUUAUCAUUUUAUUGUCAAUAUUUGUGAAUAUGAUUUGUACAUUCAAUUUGUGAUAUUAAUCUAAAUCUAUCACAGAUUUAUUAUUUUUUCGUUUAUUUACUAAAUAACUUUGUGUCCAACUGAUUUUUUUUAAACUUUAAAAUCUGAUUAAAAUCUUUGUUCUCACCAGACUUUAUCUAUACAUAUUCUCACACAGGUGAUCUUCAGGGGCAUGCAAAGUGUAAACGUACUUAACUUUCAAAUACUGGUGCUGCUUUUCAUGUAUUUGCAAUGUUUAAAAGUGUAUUAUACAAAGUAUGAUUUACAGUUGCUACGUCUCACGUUGCAGUGUGAAUACUCGUUUUUCAAUAAACGCUGUACUGUCGACUUUCAA